AUGGGUAGGAUUCCAUGUUGUGAGAAGGACAACGUCAAAAGGGGACAGUGGACACCGGAAGAAGACAACAAGCUCUCUUCCUACAUUGCCCAACACGGCACUCGUAACUGGCGUCUCAUCCCCAAGAAUGCUGGUCUUCAAAGAUGCGGGAAGAGUUGCAGGCUAAGGUGGACUAAUUAUCUUCGUCCUGAUCUAAAGCAUGGCCAAUUCACCGAUGCAGAAGAGCAAACUAUAGUGAAGCUUCAUUCCGUUGUUGGCAACCGAUGGUCACUAAUCGCAGCUCAGCUGCCUGGUCGCACAGACAACGAUGUAAAAAAUCACUGGAACACCAAGCUCAAAAAGAAGCUUUCGGGCAUGGGCAUUGAUCCCGUCACCCACAAGCCCUUCUCGCACCUCAUGGCUGAAAUUGCCACCACACUGGCACCCCCUCAGGUGGCUCACCUGGCAGAAGCGGCCCUUGGCUGCUUUAAAGACGAAAUGCUCCACCUCCUUACCAAGAACCGCAUUGACUUCCAGAUCCAUCAUCCCCCCAGUACUAGUACUACUACUGCAGCGCCACCCCCAUCUACUUAUAAUAUUAAUAUCAACGGUAAGAAUGAUGAAAAAGAAGACACCAUCGAGAAGAUCAAGCUCGGUAUAUCAAGGGCUAUACAAGAACGUCCUCAUGACAUGCUACCAUCAAACACGCCAUGGGACUCUUCUACUGCAAAUUUUGCAGGGGCCUGCAGUACUACUGCUUUCCCUGCUUCUAUCUCUGGAGGAUAUCACCAUCAGUAUGGCCCAUCAUCAUCUUUUGGAAAUGAUGGGAACCGAUCGCCAUGGAGCCAGAUCAGUAUCUGUACAGGAAGCACGUGCACUGCAGGGGACCAGCAUGUUCGGUUGCAUGAAAAACUAGAGGGAGGAAUUAUUAAUGGAGGAGAGGAUUCUGAGGGCGGAAAAGAAAUCAGAAAUGGAACCAGCAGCAUGUUCGCUUCAGACUGUGUCUUGUGGGAUUUACCAUCUGAUCAUGACCUAAUGAAAUAUCCAAUCGUUUAACAA